AUGGCAGGUGGCGCUGGCCCCGGAGAAGACACAGGCGAUGCUCAUCUCCCGUCGGAGGGACCUGGCCUCCUUGCCCGCUCCAAGCAUCACGACUGCAAAAUAUUGUCUCUUCAGGACUCCAUCAAGAUCCUCGGAGUACAGUUCGAUAGCGGCUUAACAUACGCGCGUCACGUUCAGCAUGUGGCUAAGACAGCUGCGUGGAAGCUUGGAUGCAUCCGUCGCACCAACCAUCUCCUGGCCGGGCCCGGUGUAGCAGCAUUCUACAAGUCGCAAGUCCGCUGCAUUAUGGAGUACAGUCCGCUUGUCUGGUCUGUCUGUCCGCCUUCAUAUCUUCUCCUGAUGGAUCAGGUUCAGAGGAGGGCGGAGGCAACCAUACGUUACAAAACACGACAAACUCUUCAACCAUUGCAACAUCGGCGUAAUGUUGGGGGCCUUUGUAUAAUGUAUAAGUUUAACGUAGUGCAGACUCCACAUCUGUCAAAACUACGCCUUCCCACUCCACACGACUCUAGUUACAACAUCCGUGGUGGACGCGAGCGACAAGAGCAAGUGUGUGUGCCCUUCGCCAGGACACAGUUCCACCUGCGCUCAUUUCUGUCAAGAUAUGAGCGCCUUUGGAGCCACAUGGUCAGGAUCACCAGCCUCCAUCACGCGACGUCUCGACAACAGUUCAAGAGUCGCGUCAAUAUUUGGCUCCUCAACCAGUAG